AUGAUCUUGCUGAUGUGGAAUAAGUGCUCCUGCUGUCUCCUCUUACUAGCCGCGGUCCUGAUCGUGGAGAGCUCCCAGCUAGACAGCUCCAGCUCCAAGGUGAACUCCAUCAAGUCCACCCUGAUGGGGGAGGCUCCAACUCAGGCAACCAACAGAUCUGCAGGCAUCCACCAGGGACUGAUGCUUGCUAGCAGUAAGAAGGGCAAAAUGCUAGAGCAGAUGGGAAAACCUCCCAAGCACUAUCACCGGCAAGGAGAGGCCUAUCCUUGCACAAAUGACAAGGAAUGUGAAGUUGGGCGGUACUGCCACAGCCCCCACCAGGCCACGUCUGCGUGCAUGAUGUGCCGGAGGAAGAAGAAGCGCUGCCACCGAGAUGGGAUGUGCUGCCCCGGGAACCGCUGCAACAAUGGUAUUUGCAUACCAGUAACUGAAAGCAUCCUUACUCCUCACAUCCCUGCUCUAGAAGGGCCACGCAACAAGAAGAAUGGUCAUUAUGCAAGCAAGGAUUUGGGAUGGCACAACCUGGGGAGAUCUCGAUCCAAGCUGUCACACAUAAAAGGACAUGAAGGUGACCCCUGCCUACGGUCAUCAGAUUGUAUUGAGGGACACUGCUGUGCUCGCCAUUUCUGGACCAAAAUUUGCAAGCCCGUGUUGCAUCAGGGAGAGGUGUGCACCAAACAGCGCAAGAAAGGCUCCCAUGGACUGGAGAUUUUCCAACGAUGUGACUGUGCCAAGGGUUUGUCUUGUAAAGUAUGGAAAGAUGCGACCUCCUCUUCUAAAUCAAGACUUCAUGUGUGCCAGAAGAUCUGAAUGAGAAUUGGGAAGAUAGCAUUAAGUGACUGUGGCUUUAUGUGUUUAAUGCAUCACGGCAUGGCGGAAAAGGGGGACUGCAAUUGAAAGUGGAAUGGCUAAAGUAGCAGUUAGAGUUUGAGUAGAAGUCACACCAAAUGCAUUUCUUUUUGAGCUGGUGGUAAACACAAGUGUAGCUGGAUUUCACCUACCACGCAGUUCUCCUGUAAAUAAUUCUACAGUUUGUGGAAAUGCUAGUAUGCAAACAAGUGGAGUGGAAAUGAAUGUCACUUGCCUUGCUGUGUUGUCCCAUGAUGUUUCAGGGGUUCAGUGUUAGGGCUACAGUGGGUCUACAGCAUGGUAAGGAUUUUCUACAGAAACUGUAUACAUUGUACACCUAUAGGAAGCAGUACCAGGAAGACUCAUCUGUCAACGCAUUAUUGGCCACAUUGUAGGUGUGAGAAAAAGAAAUAAAGUUACUGUGAAUGUCCACAUGCCCUUUAUUCAGGGCUGACACUUCAGCAAGGAGGCACUCCUGCAGGACAAGAGUGCUAUGUUUUGCAGGCCCGUAUGAAGAAGGUGGAAACUGUCCAUCUCAAAAUUUCAAGAGAGCAGCAGUUUAUCUAAGAGGAGGCAUUUAAACAGGGUUGUGUUUCCUAUACAUGGGUAAAUUGAAAUGCUUUAUGUAGUUCAAUGUCAUAGUAAGGCACUUAAUCACUUGUAUUUGCCUCAGUUUACUGCUAAGAUAUGUUGGGUUGAACAGAUGAAGCAAAUAUGUGUGCAUACUGAAUCCAGAAUUAUAUACAGGCAGUUCCUCAUUAGUCUUAAAUACACUUUCCUUGCCUAAGCAUUCUUGCAUUACAGACAUUUCCAAAAGAAACAGCAGAGUGUUAACAUGAAGAGCUUUGAAGUUCUUUCUCUGUUGCUGUUAUAAUGUAAUAUAAAACACCUCAGCAUUUUUUCAGGCGUUUUGAGCAUACUGCUACAUACUCAAAUUUUUACAUUUUAUGGCACUCUGCAGCAGUACAAGGGAUUUGUUCUCGAGACAGCAAAGGAAGAGGAGUCUUUUGAGCACCUCCUCUCCUGCAGAAGAGGACGUAAGGAGAUGGCAUGACCACAAAUGACUUGUUAAACAUCAUGUGACAUCACAGCAUACCAGCCUCCAGCACAUGUUCAACCUGAAACUGAUGUCCUCUCACUCUGGAGUGUUCUGCCAGGAAUGACAGAAAUAUAGAGACUGUGGAAACAGCUGCCAACCCUACGUUGUUUGUGUACUGGUUAAAAAAAAAAAAAAAAAAAAGGACAGCCUCUGUCCCUUGACUUGUCUCCCAGGUCUUUUCAAACUUUUAAAAUUUUACUUAUUUGCAAGUAUUCCUUUGUAUAAACUUUGGUAAAGAGACUGAUAUUACUUUAAAGAAGUCUGAUUCUAUAAUUGACCUACUGUUAAGUUGUAAUUACCCAUUUAUAAUUACCCAUUUUCAUCUUCUCUAAUACAAGAGACUUUUCUGUUCAUUAAGUUCUGCACAAUAUGGGUAGGCCGGUAUGUAGUUUGACUUUGAAGACCACGUCACUGUUACCUGACACAUUUUUCCACUAAUAGGAUGCUUUAAACUUUAGCUUAGCUACAGCACUUGACUCAGCCUUCCUAACUAGAACACAGACCUCAGCUUCAUUGUCCCUAUCUUUCAUUAGAGUUUAAAGCAGAAUAUUUCAUGCACUUCUUUCCCUACUGGAAAAAACUCUUCUUACUCCAGCAUUUUCCAAUGUCGCUGGAACAGGAAUAAGGCUCAGAAAUUUCAAGAUACUAAAAAAGUUCAGGAACCAAUUUUUCAAGUUUUAUUUACACUGACACAGCACAUACUCAGAAGAAGAACUCAAGUGCUCUCAUUGUCACUACAUAUAAAAGAAAACGAUAAGCAGCAUGAGCAGGGGGGUUGCAGAAAUGGGGUCCCAGCAUUUUUUAGCUCUUUUUAUUGGCCUACCCACCAUUUUGCUCUUGCAAAACACAGUUCUUUGGGAUAAUUUAUUUACAGGAAAUGUUUAAUGAGAUGUAUUUUCUUAUAGAGAUAUUUCUUACACAAAGCUUUGUAGCAAAAUAUAUUUGCAGCCUGUUGACUUUAAUGUAGAAAAAUGUAUAAUAAGAUUAAAUAUAUAAAAUUUCCUUUCACAUUCCUCCCCAAAUAUUUUACCCAUAUUCUUUUCCUUACCUGCUGCUUAAGAAUAGUUCUUUGCAGAAAGACAUGCAAAUCAAUUGCAAAAAAAGUUGUAUCUCUUAGCUAUGCAGGUGAAAACAUUUGAUUGUACUUGUGUCUGUGUGUAGGCUGUUUUGGUAAAAACCAUGAAGGUCAUCUUAAAAUCCCCAUACAUGAUUUCUACAAAACUGGUUUAAGUGACAAACUAAUUGUAUGCUUCUCUUGGGUUGGUUGACACCUAAACACUCAAGAAUACCUUUUGAAAAUAGUGCACCUGGUUGUGUAACACAAAAUCAACCAGGUUAAAUAGGAAAGGUAUCCAGACCCAUUUCCUGGAUAAUGAUACAUACCAGAGGGACUCAUGAUGGAUAAAGGUGGAAUUCAAAUUACACAGCAUUUUGUUAGAGGUUACAGCAUGCAAAUGCAAUCCUGCAAAAAUCUAUAACUAUUCUGAAAUGGCAACUUACACCAUUCAUCUCUAAUAACAUGAAACAAUCCAUGUGACAUAACAGCAAAUAUUGCUAAUAAAACCAGCCAAGUUUUGAUCCCAGGAAAACUCCUGCAGAGCACAAUAAAUAUUGCAAAAUAAUGACUGUGGUUAUUGAGCAAUGGUCUCGAUACCCCUGUUAGUUGUUUCUGGCAAACCUUUGCUCCACCAGAUGUACAUUUGGGGGAUGGAAUGGUCUCCAAGUCACUCGAGUGAUUGUAUAAAAUGAAAAGGUAUUUAGCUACUGUCAUUUGUUAUAUUUGGUUGGUAGGCCUUUGAAAAUUCCAACACUUUUAACAUCAACAUAAUAAAGUUGUGAGUAUUUUCAGAGCCCGGUGACUUCAAUGGAGAGUGCCAAAGCCUUCAGAGAUUUAAUCUGGGAACAAAAACAAUAGGCACAGGCAGUUGCUUGCACACCACAAAUACUGAGCCGCAUAGCUGAAUAGAGUAGCAUGCAGCAGUUUCGUAAGACUGAACUUUGGUUGCUUAGAAGACAGUC